AUGGUCCGCGCGACGACACGACACCUUCUCGCAUUGUCGAACCCUUCGAUCCAUUUGACCGUGCCAGAAGUGUCUCGCUACACUCACAGAGCGUCUCACGAAGUCCACGACCCUUACGACCCAGCAACGCUUACGACUUUUCCGCGGCAGCGCCAGCAGCCCUCCGUCCCUCGCCCAUCCUCCUCUCAUUCGGUUGAUUACCGCCCGCCCUCUGCGAGCGAACAUCAACGUCCCCUGCGCCGAGUUCGUGGCCAGCCUGAAGUUCGCCAGCUCCCACACCGGCGAACAGUCUCCCUAGACGCUACCGGUAGACAGCUACCGCGAUCUCAACCACCGCAUCCGACGUCCUUCGUCUCUCGUCCCGAGCCGAGCCACGGGAUUGCAGGACUACGACCAGCUCUCUCCGAAGUCCAAACCGACGAGCACGGAUCGACCGUCGACGACCCGUACCAGCUUCUCGACUCCUCGUACUGGCCGCGGAGGACCACUCACGUCUCGUCCCGAACCGCGUCGGCUAUUCUAUUUGCGCUCGAGGACGCCAUCCGUCGUCCGUUUCCCCUUACCACCGAUUGGGAAGAAGUGAAUGCUUCUAUGUCAGCUAUGGUAGGCAUUGCUGGUCCCACCGGGCCCGUAGGUAAUAAUGGAGACCCGCGGGCGAUGCCAGGUCCGACGUCUGGUUCAUCUUCGAACAAACCCCCUAGUGGCGUGCGAACCCCGACCGAUAUUAUGAGACAACGUCGAGACCGAGAAGCGCGUCGCAAAGCCGAACAAGAAGCCCAAGAGAGAAAACAGGAAUUGGAAAGACAACAAUUGGAGCAGGAGCAGCAAGAGCAAGCUGAGGCCCAACAUUAUGCUGCUGGUGCUGCCGCCGAUUUACCUUCACAGCGCCGUGCGCAAGCUUCUCGAGCUUCAAGAGGGCCUCAGGUCCCACAGGAGCCUGGUGUAGCGACUGCGCCGCCCACUCACGGCUACCGCCCAACAACUAGCGCCGCGCCAGCGGCUCCCCGACAAGGCUAUCAAGCACCUCCUGCGGGUCCCGCUAUGCCUCCCCAGUCCCAGCCAGCUGCAUCGGCCAGCCAGCAGCGCCUGGGUGAAUCUACCACUCAGCAUGCUCGCUCACAAAGCGCCACCGCAGGCACAGUGCCUCAGACUGGCGCCUCUCAGACUCUUCAGCAGCCAAAGCGUGCCGGCUUCCCCCAUGCCUUUGAACGUUGGGAGACAUUGUCUUCACACUGGGAGGGUUUGACCAGCUACUGGAUCCGGAAGCUCGAGCAGCACAAUGAGGACUUGGAACGCGAUCCUCUGAGCCAGCAGCUCGCUCGACAAAUCACCGAUUUGUCCGCGGCCGGCGCCAACCUCUUCCAUGCUGUUGUUGAACUCCAGCGCCUCCGUGCAUCCUCGGAGCGUAAGUUCCAGCGCUGGUUCUUUGAUACUCGUUCAGAGCAAGAACGCGCGAAAGAGGUACAAGCUGAUCUUGAGCGGCAACUAAAGGCCGAGCGACAAGGCCGCGCUGACGCUUUCGCUGCCGCCCAAGCCGCCGAGAAAGACAAGACCCGCGCGGAAGAUCUUCUGAAUGAAAUGCGCCGCGAGCUUCAGAUUUCCCGGGACGAAGCUCGUCGCGCAUGGGAAGAGCUCGGCCGCCAGGAACAACAAGAGCGAGAUCGAACCAACUCUCUUCGCAACGGCGAGCCCACUCUCGUCGGUGGCGUCCAGGUCGUUCCCAUGAUGUCAGGUUUGCCCAGUCGGCACACCACACGCCCACCCACCCGCGAAGGUCCCUAUCCCGGUGGACCAACCGCCGCCUCGAUGGGCACUGAGUACCAUAGUAAAUCGACCGACCCGGCGACAGGCCGCCAGUAUUACGAUGACAACGCGCCCAUGUCCCCAACUGGCUCCGACCCCUUCAUCGAGCCCAAGAAAAAUCAGCCGCCCACGGCGAGCAGAGCGCCGUAUGAGCACGACCACCCGCAAGACCACAGCAACGCUGCUUACCAUGCGCCAACCUCCGAGCCGGAUGUUGACCGCGUCUCCUACGUCGGCAGCAGCGAGGCCGGCGACGAUGAGUACGCAGGCUACGCACGCGACCCGCAGGCUCAACACCCUUACGCCUACCCGCCGCCGCUGUCCGAGGCCAGUGAUGAUUACGAUCACAAGGCGGGUGAUGAGCGCCCCUACGUCUCGGAGGCGUACUCGGCCGCGACCACCGCCGCCCCCGCACAGGCACCGUACCCGCCCACGACCAUCGACUACAGCGGCUCCGGCUGGGGUGUUGGCUCUGGCUGGGAGGCUGUCACUCCGCGCCACCGUCACCCGACCCGCCUAAGCGACGUGCUCGAGGAGGACGAGCCCAGCCGGACGAGCCCGUCCCGCGCGAGUCAGGCUAGUCGCAGCAUGAUAUGA